AUGACCGAAGACCCGAACAUCUCCCUCUUCUGCCAAUUCCCAUUCAGCUGGGUUUUGAAAGCCUACCUAGACAAUGUCUGGGAGAAGGUCUAUCAUAUGAAAGAUCAGCCCCAGAAGCCAACGGAGGAAGUGGCCAGGUUCUACCAAACCUUCAUCAAGAACAUCUUGACGCCAGAUAGCAGCAAUCCAGACAUGCUACGCUGUUACGCCAAUGACUUCCUUAGGAUGGCUUUUCCUGGACAAGAUUUCUCUGUCUAUGAGGUUCUCUCCAAGGUCUUCCUGGCCACCGCAGGCCAGCUCUGCUCCUCCUUGGGCCUGGGGGAGAUGGACUUUUCCCCAGUUUGGCUUCACAUGGACUAUUUCUACCUCCGGGAUGAUUAUCAGCUAUUUGUGGACAUAGCAAAAAGCAAUGACACUGUCAUAAGUGAGCUGCAGGCAAUGUAUGAGAAGAACCCCCCAGAAAUGUUUGUCACUCUGGAUGCCUUGAACAUCCUCCUGGAGAAUGUGCAGCCCUGUGAAAACAGGCUUUUGCCCUUCGAUGCCUCAGUAGCAUGGCUCAAAAGUGUCAAGUCCAUUAAGCCCUGGAUGGAAUGGAUCAGUGAGGACAACUACCAGCUUCAUUUCUACCAGAAGAAGCAGCAGCUCCUGGAGAGUGUGCUACAUCGCUGGCACUGCACCAACAUUGUCUACAUGUUGAUUGACCACCUGCUGCACAAUGAGACACAAAUGGAGGAGAAACUCCUGCGGCUUGUGGUGAAGCAGUUCAUCUUCCUCUGGAAUCGCCUCUAUACAAAGCUUCUGCCGGGCUCUGAACCAGAGAAGACUUUUGAUUUGGUGGUGAAAGUGCUGAAGAAAUGCAAUGAGAAUGCUGACAUGGUGUAUCUGGUGAAGGGCGUGAAGGAAUGCAAGAGUUGCCUACGGGAGAUCACUGACCCAGCGGAGCUGCCCUGCGGUCACAUCUUCUGUACUCGCUGCAUCCUGGACUGGGACAACAAACAGUGUAAGAUCUGCAAGGAGGAAUUCCCAGAGGAUUACACGCCCACUGCUUCCGAGGCCACGAGGUAUCCUGGUGCUGGCAAAAACCUCCUUGCUUUGAGUGUCUUCUUGUUCAAAGUUGGAUAGAAGCUGCUGAACAAA